AUGCGAAGGGCUUUGAGAGGCAGGCGCAGAGUUAGAAAUCUUUCAUCCUUCGGGGUUAACACUACAAUUUUGUUCGGCUUUGUGAUUUGUUUAUGUGCCACAUCGCACAUGUACCAUCUCAUGGACGAGCUCCUUGCUGAAUAUGCAAGGGCUUCUAUAACAGAGAAUAAGACGACUUCUAUUGAAUCUUCAUCAAAGCAGUCUUAUGUGAUGUCCUUAAACAAAAAAGCCAAAGCGUCCAUGCUAAAAGCCCUUAUAAGGCAAAGGGGGCUACCUUUCAUAAACGCGAUAGAACGUGAGAUAACAAGAGAGGAAUUUGUUGCUGCCGAAAAAUUGGCUAUUCUUGACGAGUCAAGCAACAAUAAAAAACCGGAUAAUUAUGAUUACGUUAUUCUUAAUAAAAGAAAAGUGCUUGAUAGAUACUCUAAAGUGGAUCAUACAUCUCUUACAAGCAUGAUAUUUGAUACAGAAUCCCUUUUUAUAGAGCAGGUCGAAGACAACAAGGACAGUGUUUGGCUCUUGGCUGUUGUUGGCGAAAUUGACGAAUUUAAUUCAGAACGACCUACAUUUCCUCCUAAUGUUUGGGGUUCCCUAAUCAAAUACUUAUCUGGUUUUGGAUUUCGGUUUGGCUUGCUAGAUUGUCGUUUAUUAAAGAGGUAUUUAAUUCUAGAUUCCUAA